AUGCUGAGCAUUGGGCUCGUUGUCACCACCCCAUCUACCCCGGUGCUCGAGCUUGAUUCUCCCUCUGCUCUUCUCGACGGUCCUGCCAGGGAGCACAAGCUAUCAAUCCUCAACAUCCCAGUUGAUCUCAUCACUGUCGUCGCGAAGCUUGAGAGGGAGCAUUUCCUUAUCGAAGCUGACGGUUCUCGCCCAGCAUUUACGAGCCUAUCGCUGCUUAUGGACGAAGAGGUAAUCCUUCUGGUCCAUAAUGGCAAGAUCGCCGCUCACGCACUUGAGAAGAUGCUUGGGGAUUUCGACAGGGUGAUCACGAUCCGUCGUGCACUGAUCUUCGAAUGUCUCCACAUCAUCGGUUACAUGCGCAUCUCACUUGGUAUUGCUGGCCCUCUGAAGGUCAACGGCGAAAGGCAUCCCGUUCUCAUGGCCACCGCCGAGGGCGCACUCGCUGCUUCGACCUCGCACGGAUGCAAGGCGCUCAAUUCCGGCGAAGGUGACACUACCAUUGUCACCUACGAUGGCAUGAUCCGCGAACCUGCCAUCGACCUCCCGAACAAUGUGCAGGCCGCCGCCGCUCGCGUAUGGAUCGAGAACUCUGAGGGCCAUGCCAUUGCCAAGGAGGCCUUCGAGUCUACCCUCCCGCUUCGCUACGCUCCAGAGCGUCAAGUGUGCCAUGGCCGGUCGCACGUUGCGCGUUCGGUUCAACGACCCGCACUGGCGACGCGAUGGAGCGUCAAGCGUGCCAUGGCCGGCCGCACGCUGUAUAUUCGUUUCACAGCACGCAUUGACGACGCGAUGGGCACGAACAUGGUCUCGAAAGCACGGUCAUCCAGGCGCAGUAGAUUGAUUCGUUCGGCAACGUCAUAUGUUCCGUACAAUCCUGAGAUUUGGAAAGACCUCCUGGCCCUGACGGGCGCGCUCGAGCAGAGUCUACUCGACAACUUCGCCUUAAUCCGGCCAGCUUACCUGUCCGAGGAAGACGCGAGGAGACGUCCAUGCGCAGCGGCUUUGCGGCGCCGACAUUUGGCGUGCUACACCUACGACCCCAGAGCCCAAACAGACCGCCGACGCCGUCACGGUCGCAGGGCGGGGGGCGUACUCUCUGCGGGCUUCAAGCUUCGAGCUCUUUGA